UGGUACCUAUGUUAUGUAGAUUACUUGUGUAAAAUGAUUUUCGUACUCGGCUUAUGUCUUGUGCGAGAAUAUAGUUUCCACUCGUGUGAAAAAUGUCACUUUCCAGACUCGCAAUGUAAUUGAAUUAUUCCAUUGUUUUCGUUCUUGUGGAUUUUUGUUCAGCAACAGCAAAUACGCGUAUACACGUCACACUUCACGUUUUUCUUUCAUUGUCAUUUAUUGAUAUUGUGCAAUUUGUUUUGCAUAGUAUGUACUUUUUUGUUUGAAUAAAGGUGAUUGCUAUAAUAGUUUUAAUUAGUUAACGGUAGCCUGUAUUUCGAGGUAGACCGGUUCUGCAACUGUGUUUUGUGUUUUGUCAAAGUUAGGUUAGAUGUCACAUCAUUGACAAAACUCAAGAUAUAAAUUUGUAUUUGUUGAGGUAUAAUUUUAAUCUUAUCGCGAUGAGCUGAUAAUUCAUUCGGGCUGAAUCUAAAAUGUGAAAUAAAUAAUAUGCUUAUGUGGAAUCUGUGAUCGUCAACAUGAGAAGAAAUUUAAAAACUUUGUUAAAAUAUAUUUUAAUAUCAUCAGUGACCGUAGUGUUUACUGUGCUGUUUUAUAGGAUAUUUAAAACUAGAGAAUAUCUAAAGGACAAUGCUGUAUUCAUAGGUGCCCAAAAUAUUGGAAUAGAACCCUUAGCUCCACAAGAAAUUAUUCUGGUGGAUAAUGAAAAAAUUGACUGGCAUGAUUAUGGACAGAUUAAACGGGAUUUAAAGAGGACAGGUCGUGGAGAACAGGGAAAACCUGAAUACCUCAGUGAUAAAGAAAACCAAGAGUAUGAUGCAUUGUACAAAGUUAAUGGAUUUAAUGCUGCCCUUAGUGAUAAAAUUGCAAUAGACAGAGCAGUACCUGACAUAAGGCAUAAAGGAUGUCAAACCAAGAAGUACCUUAAAAAUCUUCCUACAGUGAGCGUAAUAGUUCCUUUUCACAAUGAACACUGGACCACUUUAUUGAGAACAGCGGCUAGUGUGGUAAAUAGGUCACCACCACAUCUUUUAAAAGAAGUUAUUCUAGUUGAUGAUUUUAGUUCCAAACCUUUCAGUAAAAAACCAUUAGACGACUAUUUGGCGGCCAACUUAACAAAAGUGAGAGCUAUACAUUUACCAGAAAGAAGUGGACUCAUUAGAGCUAGGAUAGCAGGUGCUAAAGCAGCUACAGCAGAAAUUUUAAUUUUUUUGGACUCUCACACAGAGGCUAAUAUUAACUGGCUUCCUCCACUUUUAGAACCCAUUGCUCAAGAUUACAAAACUUGCGUAUGCCCUUUUAUCGAUGUUAUUCAAUAUGAGACUUUCGAAUAUAGAGCGCAAGACGAAGGCGCUAGAGGUGCUUUUGAUUGGGAGUUUUUUUAUAAAAGACUUCCUCUAUUGCCAGAAGAUCUUCAACAUCCAACAGAGCCAUUUAAGAGUCCAGUAAUGGCUGGCGGACUUUUUGCGAUAAGCACAAAAUUCUUCUGGGAAUUGGGUGGAUACGAUGAAGGCCUUGAUAUUUGGGGAGGAGAACAAUAUGAACUUAGUUUCAAAAUUUGGCAAUGCGGAGGACAAAUGUACGAUGCUCCUUGCUCCAGAGUCGGUCAUAUUUAUAGAAAGUACGCUCCAUUCCCGAACCCCGGAAAAGGAGAUUUUGUUGGAAGGAACUACAGAAGAGUUGCUGAAGUUUGGAUGGAUGAAUACGCUCAGUAUUUAUAUAUGAGACGACCUCAUUACAAGAAUCUCGACCCUGGAAAUCUAACCAAACAACGUGAAAUCAGAGAAAGGCUACAAUGUAAGCCUUUUAAAUGGUUUAUGGAGAACAUAGCGUUUGAUUUACCACUGAAGUAUCCACCUGUAGAACCCGGAGAUUUCGGAGUUGGAGAGAUCAGAAAUCUUGCUGCUCCAGAACUGUGCGUCGAUUCAGGAUUUAAAGAUAGAGAUCAAGUGAUUGCUGUAGCCCCAUGUAUAUCGGAUUCCAAGAAUAAAUUAAAAGGGGAACAAAACUUCACUUUAACGUGGCAUAAGGAUUUAAGAGUCAAAGGAAAAUCCAUCUGUUUGGACGUGUCCGAUCCCAAUGAUAAGGCUGAUGUAACAUUGUACCCUUGUCACGGCAGUAAGGGCAACCAAUAUUGGAAAUAUGAUGUGGAAAAACAGUGGUUCCUGCAUGGAGGCAAUCCCAGAUGUUUGGAUUGUGAUCCGGGCCAGAAGAGGCUCUUUGUUAGAUCUUGCGACGAAAAUUCUAAAACCCAAAAAUGGCGAUUCGAGAAUGUCAAUUUAACGAUGAUUGCUGAUUGGGAGAACAUUGGCAUUAAAUAGUAAUUAAAAAUAUAUAUACAGUUUGUUCCAUAAAGUUGGAUCUAUAUGGGAAUUUUUUUAAUAUUACGAUUGGACAAAAAAAAUAGUUGACAUUAAUUUUCUGUCAAAAUGGCAUUUAAAAAAAAAUGUUUUUAAAAAAGUAUUGAAUUUUAGGUUUUUAAUAAAGCAGAGUUGAAUGUCCUACAGCGGUUUUUCCAAUUGUAAUGUUAAAAAAAUUCGCAUAAGUAUCCAACACUGUAUAAAAAAAAAUAGGUAUUAUGUAGAGAUGGUUAAGACAUUUUCCAUUUUCCUGUAAAUAAAUAAUUUUCUUAUCUUAUCCAUCUCUAUAAAAUAAUUUUUAAACGUAAUAUACACAUAUUUAGCCGUUCUUAAUUCAAAGGGACCAGUUUUUAUAUACAUUGUAAAUAUAUACAUUUUAAGUUUCGUAUUUUUUCAUAUUGUGGUUCCUACAUUUAUUUAUUUUACUAUAAAGGGAGGGCCAAUUAUUUACUCGCUGAGUGUAGCGCCGAAACUAAUUGAGAUUUUGAAAUGAAACAUAAACUUUUUAUUUGGUUUGAAAAUCUAUCUAAUAGGAAAAUAGUUUCAUUUGUACUAUGGUUUACGUUUAAGUGGAAAAUGUAGUUGAUAUUUUUAAAUUUUUUAAUUGCUAUUUUAGUGGCAUUUUUAGAUAAAAGAGACCAGGAUGUAACGCAAACACCUGUGUUUAACCUCAGUAAUGCCAACUAUUUUUUUUUUUUUUUGAGAGAUCAUACAAGUAGAGUAGAAAAAUGGUUAUUAGCCAAUUUUUCGGGAAAAAAAACGUACAAUAGGUACAUAUGCUUAAUAUACUUAAACAGAACGAAAAAAUACAUGAAACUUUAAAUUAACACACUUAAACUAUCACUGUCACUUGAUUGAAAUUUUGCAUACAAGCUUUUGUUGUGCCGUAAUAAGUAGAACAAAAAUGAAUACGUUCAGAAUCUUUGCAAGUAGUUUUUGAUUUUUAUUGUUUCAUAUUUUGAAUUAUUGUAAGUUGUUACAGAUAUUUAGAUGAACUUACUAAAAAAGGAAAGAUCGUAUUUUUGCGUACGAUCUCACUGAUGUGAUCGUACAUCGUAUAGAGCGUUAAAAAAAAUCGUAUAAAUGCGAUUUAAAUCGCACGUUUGGCAACACAAGGUUAACGGAAUGGGGGAACUGGGAGGAGACCCGAACUCUGUGACAGGAACGGCCUUUGUUUAUUACCAUCAUAAUGAACUAUUAGAUAUACUAAAAAGGUGUUUAAUGGGAUAUUGUAUUAUGAAAUAAAAUUAACGCGAUUUUCCAUUAUCAAACAGAUGCAGCGGCAUUCUAUGUAAAGAGAAGACAAAAGUUCUUUUAUAGAAUAUUUCAUUAGCGUUUAUUUUCUAUAGAUUACAAUAAAAUGUUGAAAUGUCAAUCGAGCAAGGAAUGGUACUCAUUGUCUACGAGUAUUAUAAUAGCAGCAUGUACGCAGGCGAAUACUGCAAAUCAAACUUUGUAAGUUGAACAUUAUAUUUUUUCUACGGCUAUUUCAUGAUAUUAAAAAUUAGUGAGAAUAUGCUGUUAUUUAUAGUAACCUCAGAAAAAGGUAUAUUAAUAUAGAGGAUGUCACGUAAGUCUCUAGAAAUGCAUAUUUCUGAAAACGGUUAUUUUAAAAUUUAAACCUAAUAAAAAGCAUUCGGUCGUUAGGGAUGAGCGAUUAUUGAUAUAAAUUAUCAAUCAUUGAAAAUAAUCGAUUAUUUUUAAAUCAUCUUUUUCUAUUGGUAUUUCCUUUAAAAUCUAUUAUUCGAUAAUCUUUAAAAAAACGAAAAUAAUCGAUUAUUCAAAAAUAAUUUAAUUAUUAAAAAGCCGACUAACCUUUAAAUCGAUUUCUCAAAAAAAAAUAACCUAAAUAAUCGAUUGUUCGAUUAUCUUCGAAUACCAAAAAUAAUCGCUUAAUCGAAAAGAAUCGAUUAAUGGAAAAUAUAUGAUUAAUAAAGAAGCCAAUUCUACGAAAAAUCGAAAAAAAAAAAUCAAAAUAACGAUUCUUUUAAAUAAUUACUAUUAUUAAAUAAUCUUAUUUUUUUUUUUUCGUAUUUCCCUUAAAAUCAAUUCGAUUACCAAAAAUACUGAUUAUUUGAAAAUAAUCGAUUAAUUAAGAAGCCGA